GGCGACUGGCCCUGGUUGAGCGCAGGCGGACACGGAGCGCGUGGUGGUGACGAGAGACGCGAGCAGGCAUCCCGUCCCCCGCGUGGCGCGCCACCGGCCCCACCAUGGAGCCCGCCGUGUCGCUGGCCGUGUGCGCGCUGCUCUUCCUGCUCUGGAUCCGUGUGAAGGGGCUGGAGUUCGUGCUCAUCCACCAGCGCUGGGUGUUCGUGUGUCUUUUCCUUCUGCCGCUCUCGCUCAUCUUCGACAUCUACUACUACAUGCGCGCCUGGGUGGUGUUCAAGCUCAGCAGCGCGCCGCGCCUGCACGAGCAGCGCGUGCGGGACAUCCAGAAGCAGGUACGAGAAUGGAAGGAGCAAGGCAGCAAGACCUUCAUGUGCACAGGGCGCCCCGGCUGGCUCACCAUCUCGCUCCGGGUUGGGAAGUACAAGAAGACACACAAAAACAUCAUGAUCAACCUGAUGGAUAUUCUGGAGGUGGACACCAAGAAACAGAUUGUCCGUGUGGAGCCCUUGGUGACCAUGGGUCAGGUGACCUCACUGCUAAACUCCAUUGGCUGGACGCUGCCUGUGUUACCUGAGCUAGAUGACCUCACAGUGGGAGGUUUGAUCAUGGGCACAGGCAUCGAGUCAUCGUCCCACAAAUAUGGCCUAUUCCAACACAUCUGCACUGCCUACGAGCUGGUCCUGGCUGAUGGCAGCUUUGUGCGAUGCACACCGUCAGAAAACUCAGACCUGUUCUACGCUGUGCCCUGGUCCUGUGGGACCCUGGGCUUCCUUGUUGCCGCUGAGAUUCGCAUCAUCCCUGCCAAGAAGUACGUCAAGCUGCGCUUUGAGCCAGUGUGGGGCCUGGAGGCGAUCUGCGACAAGUUCAAACAUGAGUCCCAGCGGCAGGAGAACCACUUCGUAGAAGGGCUGCUGUAUUCCUUGGAUGAGGCUGUCAUCAUGACAGGAGUCAUGACGGACAAGGCAGAGCCCAGCAAGCUGAAUAGCAUUGGCAAUUACUACAAGCCGUGGUUCUUCAAGCACGUGGAGAACUAUCUGAAGACAAACCAAGAGGGCCUGGAAUACAUCCCGUUGAGACACUACUACCACCGGCACACGCGUAGCAUCUUCUGGGAGCUCCAGGACAUCAUUCCCUUUGGCAACAGCCCCAUCUUCCGCUACCUCUUUGGCUGGAUGGUGCCUCCCAAGAUCUCCCUGCUGAAGCUGACCCAGGGCGAGACCUUGCGCAAACUGUAUGAGCAGCACCACGUGGUACAAGACAUGCUGGUGCCCAUGAAGUGCAUGAUACCGGCCCUGCACACCUUCCACAACGACAUCCACGUCUACCCUAUCUGGCUGUGCCCAUUCAUCUUGCCCAGCCAGCCUGGCCUGGUGCACCCUAAGGGAGACGAGACAGAGCUCUACGUGGACAUCGGAGCUUACGGGGAGCCACGCGUGAAGCACUUCGAAGCCAGGUCCUGCAUGCGGCAGUUGGAGAAAUUCGUCCGAAGUGUUCAUGGGUUCCAGAUGCUGUAUGCUGACUGCUACAUGAACCGCGAGGAGUUCUGGGAGAUGUUUGACGGCUCGCUGUACCACAAGCUGCGGGAUCAGCUCAAUUGCCAUGAUGCCUUUCCUGAGGUAUACGACAAGAUCUGCAAGGCUGCCAGGCACUGAGUCAGAGCCCACCCACAAAGAGACAGAUGUGUGGAUGGACCCUGUCCCCAAGGUCAGGAGGCAUCUUCCCUUCACUUACGCUUGGCUGCUCUCCCAGAUCCCUACUUUCGGAAAGAACCCCUCCAGAAAUCCCACCCAGACAAUCCUGAUGGGCUGUUCCCAGCCUCCAGGGGCUACCUAGUGGAGUGGGAAGGACAUGGGAUUUGAAGUCAGAUGUAUCUGAGUCCAGUUCUCAGUACAGCCACUCAUUAGCUGUGUGACUUUGGGUGAGUCACUCAGCCUCUGAGCCCAGCUCUUCAUCUGUUGCCAGGGGUUAACAAUAUCUGCCCGAAGGCUUUGCUAGCUGUUACUGCUUCCUAUUCUGCAUCACAGCUGACUGAAGUGCUUUGGUUUCAGUGGUUGAGUCCCAAAGGCUCCACGUUAGGUCACCUAGGCACAGGUUUGGCUAGAAUAAUGAAGGGUUGCCCUGGAGCGGCACUGCCAUUGCUUCAGUCGGCCAGUAUUUAUCCUCAUGGGCAGAAAGAAGGAAGGUUCCUCUCCAUCCCUGGGGUCUCAGGAGGGCAACAAAUGGGCAGGCGUCCGAAGAUGUGCUGUGCCAAAGGUCCUAUCCCAAAGUUUUCUCUGCCAUCCUUGGUGAUGUUCUGCCUCUCCCUCCUUCAUGCUCAGGCUCGUGGGCCCACCCCAGCCAUCACUCAGUCUACUCCAAGAGGACCAUGUCCCUGGGAACAUUUCAGGGUUGAAUCCUGUCCCAGCCUAGACCUGGGAUACCCGCCGGUGUGGCGUGAAUGGUUUCUGCUCUGAAUUGUAUACAGAGGACCUGGGCUUAUUCUUGGCUCUCCAACCCUCCGUGCCUCUUGUCCCCAGAACCCGCUUAGUCCUGGUGGGGAUGCGUCCAUGCUGCCCCGUGGAAUGGGGGGUGGGGUGGACCACACCAAGCAGGAAAAUGGAGCCCACCAUUGUUAGGUUUCGUGAGGAUUCUCACUGUGGGGCUGAAAGAAUAGAGCAUCUGCUUGAUAUCUCUAACCACUCAUCCUCUCUUUUUUUUCUCCCCUACCCCCAGCCGUAGUUGAUUUCAGUGCCUUACAAAUCCUAAGCUCAGAGAAAAGUUAGCUCCAUUUCCAUUCCAGAGGGAAAGGAACUCCCCGAGGUCCUUCUCCACUUACUAAAAGUUGGCCAUUUAUGCAACUCCCAUCUUAAGAACUGUGCAGCCUCGGCUAAAAACCGAGAGUCUGAGAAGGAAUUGUGUCACAUAAGGGAAGCUGGAAUGAAGUGAGCUGUGCCAGGCAGUGACAUUCUGAGAGAGAGCACGUGCACUGCACUAGGAGUCAGAGACCUGGGUUUCAGCCCUUGCUCAAUGAGCUGUGCAACUGUGGACGAGUCAUUUUUUCCUCUAAACUGUAGUUUUUGCUCAUCUAUCGCAUCAGUACAGACAAGACCUCCCUGGGACCCUUCUAGUGUGGAAAUUCAUGGCUGUCUUAGACCUUGUGGUUGCAAAACCCAUGGAAAACCUCAUUUGUGUGGAAAGUCAGAGGAAAACAAAUGAUCCAAGUGGACACCUGGGAGUGGUCUGUCAUUUAAGGUCCUUCAGCCCAAGUACUGGACAGUCAUGGCAUUUAGAAGACAUAGGAACCCCCUUAUCCAUUUGGCCUCUGGAGAGGGCAUAGGAAAAAAAAAACAACCAUUCUUUUGCUUGUAUGCAAAGCAUGUGAAUUCUGGCAUUAGCUCUCAGUGGGCCUAUCUGCUUCCUGUUUGGGGUUAAACUGAUGAUCCUACUUGCUGUAGAGGAAUGGUCAACCUAAGCAGAUUAACCCAACAGAUAAGGCUCCAUCUUUUCACCAGUGGGACCUCUGUUUCUAAGCCAUUGGGAGUAGAGCCAGAGAUGCCAGCCGCCUCUGUUGUCCUUAGUCCUACAAACCAAAUCCUGUUCUUCACAGACACCCAGAACCUGGGGCUUGGAUGGGGAGGUCUUGACAUUGCACUUCAGGUUAAUGUUUUGCUUCAGUCAUAUCUUGCCCAGAAGGGGGCAGCCUUCCCAGCAUGGUGAGUCGAGUAACCAGCUUUUACUUGUAUUCAGUCCUGUCACUGUCCGUCUGUGCAGUGGUUUCAGAUGGAGUUGAACUUUGCACAGGGGAACAGUGUGUUUGGAAAGUAAAAGAAUAGGCCUCUCUCCUCCAGAGCCCUGAGUUUCUUGGCUGCAUGAAGGUUUUUUGUAAAAUCAAUUAUAGCCUAUUUCUUUGGCUGGAAGAAUGGAUAAAUUUAAUUGGAUAUUACUAAAAAUGAAGGGAGGGCAUGUGGGAAUGGGGAUGUUGUGUGGUUUUGAUUUUUCUCCCUGGAUCAUGGGGACCAAGGAGAAAAGCAUGAGUCUCCCCUAGCAGGCUCUUGCAGCUACAGGCACUGUGUCUACUGUCUAGAACACUUCAUGUCCCUGUGGCUGUAUGGCCACCGCUUCUGUAAAAAUAAACGUGUGACCUGGAAAGUA